GAGUUGGCCAUGACUUUGAAAGCAUUGUAGAGUCUGUUACGCAUUCCACGGACAGGUACCACAGAAUCAUUUGUCACGACAGUGCCUUCAUCGCACGAUUUUACAAAUCAUGAGAUUUUUUGUGAAUAUUUGUCACAAUGGUAGCCGCAGUAUGGGCUUCUUACGAAGAGGAGCACGGUAGUAGUACAUACCACGAAACGUCCAAGCCAGUGGAGAUACCAAUCUACAAGAAAUACGCGAUACCAAUUCCGCACCCGGUCGCCGUCCCGGUUCCUCAGCAAAUUAAGAUUCCAAUACCUCAGCCUUAUCAAGUCCAAGUCGCAGUUCCACACCCAGUACCUGUGGAAGUCGUUAAGCACGUCGAAAUACCUAUAGAAAAACCGGAACCGUACGUCGUUGAAAAAAAGGUACCAUACGUUGUUGAGAAGCCAUAUCCAGUAACGGUAGAGAAGCACUUUCCAGUGCCAAUACCUAAACCAUAUCCAGUUCAUGUGCCGGUGUAUAAGCACGUUUUCCACCAUAAGAGCUCAGGACACGGUUGGAAGCAUUGAUUCGCAAACUCGAACAAUUCCGUUCAGCAUCUUUAUGCCAAAAAUAGCGACAAGCGUUACACAAUGUUAGAUUGUAAGCGUUGUGAUGUUUGUAUAUAAUUUAUCGUUAUAAAUCAUUAAUGUCUAUUAUGUUUAAAUAAAAUAUUAUCUCAU